CUUAUAGAUACGGACAAGUGCUACGCGUUAUUUGUUGUGCAAGAAUAUAAAACAAAGCAACAUGCCACCGCCGCACGCUCUUCCUUGCGGGCCCAACUGCAGAAACGGGUACUGCGCCCCCCACUGUUACUUUGCCAGCCUUCCACCACUGCCUCCACACCUGCAGACGUACUCGCCGCCGCCGUACAGCACGCCGCCUGGCCAGAAUCAACCACCAUAUGACUGCUAUCCACCUCAAUACCCCCCGCAUAUGCCCCCGCAGUACCCCCCGCAUAUGCAGCCUGAGUACCCGCCGCAUAUGCCAUUACCACCUGAAUAUCCCCCGCAUAUGCCACCCCAGUAUCCACCGAAUAUGCAACCCUAUCCACCACAUCUGCACCCACGGAAUGAUGUACCAGACGCAAUGAGGCGGUGAUUGAAGUUGUUCCUUUUAUACAUUUGUCUGUGUUUUAUUUGUGAAAUUAAUCAACUUUGAAAAUUUAAGACUGAUCAAGAAUUUGGUUUGUUAUCAUUGUAUCUACUUAAAUAUUAAAACGGUUAAAUGAU